CCACUAUUGCAAAUAUUUGGUUGAGAAAGAGAUUGUACGGAUACUAAAAGAAUGCUAACUAUGCAAGGCGAUUUGUCGGAGUACUCUUAUGAACUGUUUGUUGGCAGAUAAAUACUUGCCAAAAUCACUUCCCAAAAUCAUCAGUCGGUUACUGAAAUAUUUCAACUGCCAGACUCUCUAGAACUCGGUUCGCAUGACAAGGUCAAAGAUGCAGCAACAUGGGGUAGACUCACCGUUGGCAAAGAAUGCGCCUGCCAAUCGGUGGUUUCAGCUAUUGGUGCAGAACCAGACUUUCUGGACUGCCCCACUAGUAACCGUUCUGUUUUCUCUAUUCGUGCGAUGGGCGGUUGCUUUAAACCCAUACUCCGGCUUCCAAACUCCCCCUAUGUUUGGCGACUAUGAGGCCCAAAGACACUGGAUGGAACUCACCAUCCACUUGCCAAUCAAAAAGUGGUACCGGUACGAUCUUCAGUGGUGGGGCUUGGACUAUCCUCCACUCACAGCAUACCAUAGUUGGCUUUGCGGCAUUGUUGGUUCCUGGAUCAAUCCCGCGUGGUUUGCAUUGGAUGAAUCGCGAGGAUAUGAAAGUCCUGACAGCAAGCACUUCAUGCGAGCAACUGUUGUCUUCUGGGAAAGCAUCAUUUUUAUACCUGCUGUGCUUGUAUUUACACAAAUCUGCUAUGGAAAGCAAGGUCAUUUGAAGAAGAAUAUUGCAGCUCUACUCAUUCUUUUGCAACCAGCGCUCAUCAUCAUUGACCACGGCCAUUUUCAGUUCAACAACAUCAUGUUAGGAACAACAUUGUGGGCUGUCAACUGCUUUAUGAUGCAACAAUAUGCUCUUGGCUCUUUCUUCUUUUGUCUCUCACUUGGAUUCAAGCAGAUGGCUCUUUAUUAUGCACCGGCAGUAUUUGCAUUUUUGCUUGGUAAAUGCUUCAAAGAACCCAACGGUAUCGCCAUGUUUAUUAGACUUGGUGUUACGGUCGUUGCCACUUUCGGCGUUCUUUUGUCACCUUUCUUAACAUCGGUUGAAGAUAUUCUGCAAGUGUUCCAUCGCGUAUUUCCCAUUGCAAGAGGCCUCUAUGAAGAUAAGGUUGCCAACAUGUGGUGCGCUGUCAACGUGGUGGUUAAGUUGCGUCAAUUAUUCGAUCUUCAAACAACCAUUCGAUUGUCUUUGGUAGCUACCGUUUUGACCAUGCUCCCGUCUGUUAUUCAUCUUGGAUUGAAUCCAACCCGAAAAAGACUCAUGUAUGGUCUCGUAUGUUGCUCCAUGUCAUUUUUCUUAUUUUCCUUUCAAGUGCAUGAGAAGAGUAUCUUGUUGCCAGCUCUACCCGUGACUCUUUUGAUACUAGAGGAACCGUGGGCUGUGAACAUGUUUAUCAACGUGGCCAUGUUCAGUAUGUUCCCUCUUCUAAAGAGAGAAGACCUGGUGCUUCCCUACUUUCUAGUCACGAUAUUGUGGAACUACUUGGCUGGAUUCCACACAAUUUCAAUGAGCAAAGUGGUCAAGCUGCUGACCUCAAUUUGCUAUACAGUCAUACUGGUUUGGCAUAUUGCUGAAUCUCACAUUCCUCCACCCCAGGCACUGCCUGACCUUUACACUGUGCUUAACGUACUGUUUAGCUGCGGAUGUUAUCUUUUGGCAUUCCUGUAUUUCAACUGGCGACAGAUUAAUUUGGUGGAUAAUGCCACAGAAUACACGGAUCAUCGAAAGAAGCACCAAUGAAGUGUAAAAUAGACGUUUAUAUAUUGGCAUGAUUUUUUUAAUACAAAUAGGCAUGAAAGCAUUUCAACGAAAAGUACAUAAACAAAAAUUAUGCAUUGGUACAAAGAAGGCUCCUUCCAGGUGAAAUGUAUUCUUUAUGUUCAGAGCUUGGCUUUUUUCACUAGUCAGUGAAG